UCGCGCGCAGCCCGGGCCGCUAGGCAAGGCGGGAAGAGCGGCUUCUGCGGCGCUGGCGACAGGCGGGGCUGCGAGCGCCAAGGGGCCCGGGCGGUCGGGUCAGCUGCAGGAUGAGACCCUGGGCGUGGCGUCCGUGCCCUCGCAGUGGAGGGGCGUCCGGGGCAUCCGCGGGGAGACGAGUUGCCAGACGGCCAGCAUUGCCACCGCUGAAGCGUCCACCCAGGCCCGGAGUCAUGCAGAGGCUCAGGUGCAGACAGAGGCCCCCGUGCCGGUCAGCAUGCUGCCUCUGUCCCGGCUCGACACCACCCGCCUGGCAGCCUUUCUUCGGCGUGUGGAGGCCAUGGUCAUCCGAGAGCUGAACAAGAAUUGGCAGAGCCACGCAUUUGAUGGCUUCGAGGUGAACUGGAUGGAGCAGCAGCAGACGGUGUCUUGUCUACACACCCUGUGUUACCCCCCAGCCCAAGGGCAGGGUCUGCAUGUAACCAGCAUUUCCUGGAACACCACUGGCUCCGUGGUGGCCUGUGCAUAUGGCCGGCUAGACGACGGGGACUGGAGCACGCUCAAGUCUUUUGUGUGCGCCUGGAACCUGGACCGGCGGGGCCUGAAUCCACGGCAGCCGUCGGCAGUGGUGGAGGUGCCCAGUGCUGCCCUGUGCCUGGCCUUCCACCCGACCCAGCCUUCCCACCUCGCAGGAGGACUGUACAGUGGUGAGGUGCUGGUGUGGGACAUGAGCCGUCCUGAGGACCCGCUGCUUUGGCGCACAGGCCUGACAGACGACACUCACACAGACCCCGUGUACCAGGUGGUUUGGCUGCCAGAGUCCCGACAGAGCCACCGCUUCCAGGUGCUGAGCGUGGCCACAGACGGGAAGGUGCUGCUGUGGCAGGGGGUCGGGGCGGGCCAGCUGCAGCUCACUGAGGGCUUCGCCCUGGUCAUUCAGCAGCUACCGCGGAGCACCAAGCUCAGGAAGCCUCCCCGGGGUGAGACUGAGGUGGGCACAACGGCAGUGGCUUUCUCCAGCUUUGACCCCAGCCUUUUCGUUCUGGGCACGGAGGGCGGCUUCCCAGUCAAGUGCUCCCUGAUGGCAGAAGAGGCAGCCCUCACACGGAUGCCCAGCUCUGUGCCUCUGCGGGCCCCGGCACAGUUCACCUUCUCUCCCCAUGGUGGUCCCAUCUACUCUGUGAGCUGUUCCCCCUUCCACAGGAAUCUCUUCCUGAGCGCAGGGACGGAUGGCCACGUCCACCUGUACUCCAUGCUGCAGGCCCAGCCCCUGAUUUCGCUGCAGCUGUCCUACAAGUAUCUGUUUGCUGUGCGCUGGUCACCCGUGCGCCCCUUGGUUUUUGCGGCUGCUUCUGGGGAAGGUGAUGUGCAGCUGUUUGAUCUCAAGAAAAGUUCCCAGAAACCCACAGUUUCGAUCAAGCAAACUGAGGAUGGAAGUCCUGUCUACUGCCUUGAAUUUAACAGCCAGCAGACUCAGCUUCUGGCUGCUGGUGACGCCAAGGGCACAGUGAAGGUGUGGCACCUGAGCACUGAGUUCACUGAACAGGGGCCCCGGGAAACUGAAGACUUGGACCAGCUGGCAGCAGAGGUGGCCACCUGAGGGUGACAGGGGUGGGGGUGGGGGUGCCCACAGAGGCAGCUGGCAUGAGGCUCCACUGUACUGAGCUGUGUGUUUCUGACGCUGAAUGAAGAAAAGCUUUUA